GUCACAUUCUGUUCAACUCAAUUAUUAUGGAGAGAAAAGAAAAAAAGGUACUCUUCAAAAAACAGGUCAUCUUCCCCUUUGAUUCAUCCAAAUUCUUUAAUGGAAUCUCCCUCUUCUUCCCUACAUAGUUAUGAUGUAUUUCUCAGCUUUAGAGGUGAAGAUACACGCUCCAAAUUCAUAAGCCAUCUAUAUAAAGAGUUAGAUCAAAAAGGAAUUCGCACAUUUAAAGAUGACAAAGCGCUAAAAAAAGGGAAAUCAAUUUCACCAGAACUUUUAAAAGCCAUUGAAGAGUCAACAUUCGCCAUUAUCGUUCUAUCUGAGAACUAUGCUUCUUCUUCAUGGUGUUUGGAUGAACUGGUGAAGAUAAUAGAAUGUAAAAACAUUUUUCAACUCACUGUUAUACCUAUCUUCUAUAAUGUGAGUCCAUCAGAUGUACGUCAUCAAAGGAAGAGUUAUGCUAAAGCUUUUGCGAAACAUGAGAGAAGAUUCCCGACUUUUCUUACUACUUCUGUUCUUUCUUCUUCAUUGGUUAAGACUUUGUUUUUUUUCUCAUUUCCUGUUUCUCUGUCAUCAUCCCAUUUACUCCAAUAUGCUUCUGACCAAAACAAGGACAAAGUUGUCCUGAUUUUAUGUCUCCUAGUUGUGUGUUUCUUUUUCUUCUUCUUCCUUUUCGUUAAUCGUGAUAGGAGAAACAUUAAGGGGAACGUGGAGAAGGUGCACAAGUGGAGAAAAGCAUUGGAGGAUGCAGCAAGUAUUUCAGGCUAUGAAAUAUUCGAUGCACCUAAUGCGAAUGAAGCAGAUUCAGUUCAGUGGGUAGUCGAUGAGAUCUUAGAUCAGCUGGUUUACAAUAAGACAAAACCUGAAGAGAAACUAGUGAACAUAGAUGCACUUAUAAGGGAUGUUAAUUCAUUGUUUUUUAAGGAGGAGGAUGUUCGGGUGGUUGGAAUUUGGGGGAUGGGAGGAUCAGGAAAAACAACUAUAGCGAGAGCAUUUUUCGAUAGAUAUUCUAGUCAAUUCAAGCAUAAGGUUUUCCUUGCUAACAUUAGGGAAGUGACACAAAAGGAUGGAGCGGAACACCUGCAAUCUAACCUCAUAUCAGAAAUCCUAAAAUCAAAGUCCAUACGUGUAAAGGAUGUUUGUGAAGGAGCCAACAUGAUAAAAGACCGGCUUUGCAAAAAGAAGGUUUUAUUAAUUCUUGAUGAUGUUGACAAUAAAUAUGAACUAGAUGCAUUGGCUGGAAGCACUUCCUGGUUUGGCAAGGGCAGUAAAGUGAUUAUAACAACAAGAAAUAGGAAGCUGUUGACUAAGCCUGAAGUUGAUGAGACUUAUGUGGUCAACCUCUUGCCUGAUGGUGAAGCUCUUCAACUAUUUAGUUUGCAUGCAUUCAAUCAAGCUAUUCCGGCAGAAGGUUUUGAGGAGCUCUCACAAGAAGUCAUAGAUUAUGCUAAAGGUCUCCCUUUAGCUCUUAAAGUUUGGGGUUCUUUCCUUUAUAAUCGUGAUGUGCUUGAAUGGAAAAGUACAAUAGAAAGGCUCAACAUAAUCCCAGAAGAAGGUAUUUCAGAAGAUGCAAUUGUAGAAACUUUAAAAAUUAGUUAUGAUGGGUUGAAAGAUAGUUGGCUAAAGGAGAUGUUUUUAGAUAUUGUAUGUUUCUUUAGAUGGUGGAGGGAAUGUGAGGUCAAAGAGAUACUUGAUCGAUUUUAUUCCAACUCUGCUAUUGGACUAAGUAUUCUCAAAGAAAGAUCACUCAUAUAUAUUUCAUGUGGCGUUAUUGAAAUACAUGAUUUAAUAGAAGAAAUGGGCCACCGUAUCGUACGCGAAACUCAUCGAGAUGAGCCUUGGAAACAUAGCAGACUAUGGAAAGAAGCAGAGAUCAGCAAUGUCUUGAUGGGAUGUAUGGACAAGGGCAAUAUUCAGGCUAUAUGUUUGGAGUAUUUCUUCCCAGAACAUAUGGAAUUUAGUGGAGAUAGGGCCUUCACGGGAAUGCAUAGACUAAGACUACUCAGAAUCUUUGGAGGAAAAUUUCCAAGAGGUCUUGAAUAUCUUCCCAGUGAGCUAAAAUCACUUUAUUGGUCGGGAUAUCCUUUAGAAAGCUUGCCAAAAGAUUUCCUAGGAAGAAAGCUCGUUGCCCUUGAAAUGCCCUAUGGCAAAGUUUCCCGGCUAUGGGAAGGAGUAAAGUGUUGUCUCAAUUUGGAAAUAAUUGAUCUCUCACACUGUCAGAAAUUAGUGGAAACACCUGAUCUUAAAAUGAUUCCACAUUUGAAGAAGUUGAUCCUAAGGAACUGCAGAAGUUUGAGAGAAGUUCACCAUUCUGUUGAAUUCCUCAAUGAGCUCAGACUGUUAGACCUCGAAAGUUGCCAAAAUCUUGUACAUCUCCCCGGUUGUAUUUGGAGACUUAUAAACUCAAAAGUUCUGGAUCUCUCUCAUUUCUCAAUGCUUAAGAACUUGCCAGAAGUUCUCGGCAAAAUGGAUUGUUUAUGGAUACUUGAGAAGCUGAAGUUGGUUGGCUGCUACCAAUUAGCAAUUCUACCCCGCAACAUUUGGAGAUUGAAACAUUUGGAAAUUUUUGAUAUCCGUCACUGCUUGAAGCUUAAGAAAUUACCAGAAAUUCCAGAGAAGAUGGAUCGGCUAUUGAAACUCAAACUAGACAGGUCUGGGGUACGCGAACUACCUUCUUCAGUGAAGCAUCUUAGCGGUCUAAAAUAUUUGGGCUUGGAAGGGUGCAGAAAUCUUGCAACCCUACCUACCAAUAUUUGGACUCUAAAAAGGUUAGAAAUCCUUAAUCUCUCUGAGUGCUCGCGGCUUGAGAAGUUACCUGAGAUUCUGGAGACCUUGGAUUGUUUAAAGCAUCUUAUGCUAAACAAUUCAGGGAUACGAGAAUUACCUUCUUCAAUUUACCAUCUAAGAGGCCUGAUUUGUCUAGAUUUGACUCUCUGUGAAAAUCUGGCAAUUCUUCCCAAGGGUACUUGGAGAUUGAUGAGUCUGAAGUUUCUUUACCUAUCUCAGUGCUCAAAACUUGAGAAACUGCCAGAAAUUGGGGAUGAUAUAGCUUAUUCAUCAGUACUUGAAAUCCUAGACUUGUCGAGUAACGAAAAUCUUGUGUCUCUCCCUAGAACCAUCGGAAGGUUGACGAACUUAAAAAUCCUCAAAGUAUCUGGCUGCUUGGAAAUUAAGACAGUUCCAGAAGGGCUAGGUGAUUUAGAUCAGUUGGAGGAGCUUCAUGCAGAUGAUACUGCAAUUCAGUAUCUGCCUUCUUCCAUCACACGCUUGAACACACUAGAAUUCUUGUCCCUUCGGAAAAAACUAUUCAUACACCGCCAAGUUUCUUCAAGUUUUGUGUUUCCACUUGUGUCUACAGGAUUUCGCUCACUAGUCAGUUUAGAUCUAAGCAAUUGUUCUUUAAUUGAAGGAGGACUUCCUUGCACUUUGGAAUGCUUAUCUUCUCUUAUUUCUUUAAACUUGAGCGGGAAUAAUUUCCUCUUUUUACCUGAUAUUAGUAGACUUUGCUGCCUUCGUUUCCUUGAUUUGACAUUUUGUAGUAGGCUCCAUGGACUGCCUGAACUUCCACCGAGAAUAAAGGAACUUUAUGCAGAUGCCCGCCUUGCUUUGAUGAGUAUUCCAAAAAUUUCUUCCAAGUACAAAGACUUGGAUGUGGUAUCAUUCAUUGAUGAAGCAGAGAGAGAUGUUUCUAUUUAUCAAGAAAACCAAUCAGGGACAUGUAAACGCCACCAGCCACAUAAGGAGUUGAUUCAGUUUUCAGCUCAUCUAGAGGGAAUGUUUAAUGUGUUGCACAAAAGGAAUACUUUUAGCAUUGCCUUUCCAGGUUGUGAAAUUCCAGUCUUGUUCAACUAUCAAGAGAGAGGUGCAUAUGGGAUCUCAAUUAAGCUGCCUAGCGAUUGGUUCAGCGAGAGGUUCUUGGGAUUUUCAAUAUGUUGUGUUGAUGAAUUCAGAUCUCUCGAAAGAAGUGAUGGUUAUUCAGAUUUUGAAUACCAAUGUGUAAACAGCUCUUACGAAACCAUCAUAGCUAAGUUGAUACCCCUUGAUGGUGAACCAGAGCAACAAAUUUUGGAGUCAAGGUGUGUGGCAGCCACGACUUACACUAAUAUUAAAUCAUCACAUGUUUCCUCUGUGUUCAUGCCAUUUGAUUUUCCAAGCAUUGACGUUGAUAAUUCAAAAUUUUACUGCCUACUUGAGGUAUCGGGUGAAUCAAGAAUUCGUACUCAUUGGGGUGUUCGCUUGCUAUAUGAGAACGAAAUUAAAGAGUGGGAAUCAUUAUGGCGUCUGCCUGUUAACAUUUGGCAUAAAAUGAAAAUUUGGCAUUUAUCAGCUGAUACACUUCCAGUGGGAUCACUAAUAAAUCAAAAACACUAUGAAGAAUCGAGCAUGUCCCGGUCUAGAGGAUUUGAAUGGUACAGAAUGAAAAUUUGGCGUAUUGCAAGUGCUACAUUGCUGGAGGGAUCCCUUCAAAAACAAGAAGUUUGGAAAGAGAUGAGCUUGUCAGAAGAUGCAAGAAAUGGAUCGAAACAGUUGAGAGGCCCCGCAACUUCACCAGCUACCUUGAGGAAAUACCAAAUAUUCCCAAAAAAUGGAAUUUGUUUGUUUUGCCAUCUAGUCGAGGAAAACAUUGUUCACUUAUUUUUUCAUUGCCGCAUAGCUCGGCCGGUUUGGCUUAAAACAUGGGGUAUUAGGACAGAGGAAUUCCUUGAACUCACCACUCAACAAUGGAUUCAUGUUAUUCUUAAUCCUGAAAAGUUAUUUGGUCUCUUUGCUCCAAGUAGGAACCAAUUUGUUGUGUUCGCCGCAAUUAUGUUCAGAAAGAUAUGGGAGAAAAGAAACCAUAUGCUUCAAGGGGAGGAUAAUAGGUUGAAUGCUGAUGAACUUUACAGAGCUGGAAAUGAGGCUACAGAAGAAGAAAAGUUUAUUGAUCGGUUCUUGUCGGACUUGCUUGAAACAAAAUUUGACACAUGUGAAACUGACAGAUCUCCAGAACCAGAUGAUAUUGAAGAGUAUGAUCUAUAUGAAGAUGAUGAUGAUGGUGAUAUUGAUGAUCUAUAUGAUGAUGAUGGUGAUAUUGAGCUUGAUCACAUCAAUGAUGUUGAGUAUCACUCUUUCACAUUCUAGCUUUAUUGUUAUUGUUGUUUUUGUUAUUUUUUAGAAUAGAAUUGGACUUACAAUCUCACUCUGUUGAGUGAUAUAGAACUACUAGCACUUUUAGAAAUUAUGCAAAUAAUACAGCAUAUUAUAAUUUUAUCUAUUCGAUGAAAUGAAUAUUUAUAUGUAAAGUUUAGUCAGAA